UCAUCUUACAGUGGCUCUGUAGCUGCUCUCUACCGUAGUAAUCCAGAACUGGCAUCUUUCUACCACACUAGCAAAGUAAGCGCUCUUGGAGCUCUGCCUCAGGAGAAGCAGAAGAUUUUCCUAGAGAAAUGGCAACUUGAUAACAAUGAUCUUAAAUGUUCAGUAAAAGCCUUGAGUUUGCUCAGUCAAUGGUUGCCAUCUGGGCCCUGUAACAAAAAGUGCAUCUUCCUCAGAACUUACAGUCUUGGUAUGGACCUUUAAUGUUGCAUUUGUAACUAAAGCCAUGUAUUAAUGUAAAAUGUGAUUUAAACUGUAGAACAGCCUUGCUACUGUAAUACCUUCAGUCCUCAGUGAUGCGUCAACAGGCGAAACUGCCUAGUGUGCUUGCCACCCUUCCUCCAGCUAAAACAGCGUUAGCCUUAUCUUGAAGCUCCUGCUAUAAAUAUGCACAGGUCGUGUGGGAAGCUCCCUGGCAUCCCCCUUCCCCUGUGUGGUCAGAGGACAGUGAUGAGGCUUGCGUGGGAUUUGAGACUCCGAGACGCUGCCGGUUACUGGGUGACCUCAAUUGUUCUUGCCUCGGAAGAAAAAUGGCUGUCUAGUUCAUCCAGUUUUAUGUCCUUAGAAGAUCUGCCUUGACAUUAGAUUUAAAUUAUUUGGUCAGCCCAGAAAACAGAAAAUGUAUUUGCUGUUUGUGACAUUGCUUUGGGAACUGGCAGAUAGGGUGGUUAAUCAUCAGCUCAGGAUUCAUCCUACCACCAUAAUAGACCUUAGACCCUUUUUCUUAAAAGCAAAUUAAUAAUGAUCGUGUAAUCAGCAACAGCAUGGCUGCUAUGAAAUAAGCAGAAUAAGAAGAAAUAAACUGAAUUUUUAGCAAAGCUGAUUUAUGCUGGAAAAGAGAGGAAGCUUCUCACAGAGCGUGGCUGACACGCAGGAGCAAGCUGCAGUUACGUGGAGAUGGUGGAGAAUUUUCAAAGGCGAUGCUGGAUAACCGAUGCUGCAUAACCACCGCUGGAGGAAGGAGCGCGUGGCGUGCGCAGUUCCUGCCUCCGUACGCUGGGUUGUCACGAGUGAUCUCCUGAAGUCCUGUGCAGCCCCGGGCCCCUGUGACCGCAGCAGGUCGCUGAUCCUGGGAUUGGGUUCCAAUUGACGUUACGGGAAUUCGCACAGACUUACCAAAUGCUCUGUGUCUCAUCUCAGUAAUGCAGUUGUAUUUUUUAAUAGGUUAGAAGAAAGAUUUUGGCUUCAGGGCCUGUCCAGUGUAAGGCUGUGCUUACAAGUACUUUGGUGUCCAGCUGCGUCCCUUUCCUUUUAACUCUCUCUGCUGUUUCCCUGUUCGCUGUCAGCACAGUAUCUCAGGCCAUCCAAAUUGUUUCAUCUCGGGGCCAAAAUUAGUAAUUUAGAAAGGUUUUAUGAAUGUACCCCUGAACCCUUGGGCCAGUCAUGAUGUAGGAGUGUUUCCUGUUCUUUGAAACAUGUCUGUCUUGUAGCCACCGCCAUCAGCCAGAAGGCCCUGGGAGAGGGACCGUGAGGCAGGGAUUGCCUUUGAUCCAUACAAAAGUACCAAGCUCCCAGCUUCAGAUGGAUGCUGCUCUAUCGUCCUCCACUGCCUGCUUUGACACAACUUCAGAUCUGCUUUGAGCUAUAUACCUGGAAUUUGGUAGGCCUUGGUAGGACUGAAGUGUGAUAAGGGUCUUUUGAGGAAGAAUAAAAGGAAAAGAAGGGAGAUGGGGAAGAGGGGCUACCUGGGAGGGAAAUGUGUUAACAAAAUCGGGAUCAAGAUCUGUAUGGUGAGAUGGGUCUGAUCCAUUGGCCUGGAGGCAGCUGGAGAAUACAUGCAUUUCUUUGCCUAGAUGUAAUCAAGGCUUAUUCAACCAGAGUUAGUUGUCUUGAGCCAAGAGGGAAACCACAUCUGUCAUGAAAAUAAGCAAUAUAGUUCCUUGUUAUACAUAUAUAUCUCCUUAUAAAGGAUGGACCUUUCCACUAGGAUUCAGUCUCUUCACCCAGCAUUGCAGACUCAAUUUGGCAUCUUCCUCAGAUGAAGCCUUUGGCCAAAGGGAUCCUUCUUGAUGAUGCUCCGUGAAAGUUUUCACCAUCCUGGCCUUUAAUUCCCUUCUGAAGGGUUGCUGCUGCUUCUGGUCUUGUAACUCUCUGCUGCCAGAGCUGUGUGAGCAGACGCUGCCCCCCGUCAUUUGGUUUUCUGUGGUGUGGUACAUGAGGUCUAUGACUUUUCCCUUGGGGCACAACCUAGGAAAGUUCUGCACAUGACUCACGGAGAGCCUUGGAGAGGCGGUGGAUUGGUUUGACUUCCCGACAGCGCUCGCGAGGACGGAGCGCCUGGGCAUCCAGGGACCUCGUUGCGGGAUGGCUGGAUUACAGUAUUGGUGCCAUGCCUUGGAUUUAUUAACCAGCUGACAAUGUUCCUCUCAUGUGCCUAGUGCUGGUCAGAAGGACUUCGGCUGUGCCUGAGCCUGGCCCAGCACUUGGGAGGGCUAUGGCUGGGUGAGGAGUGAAUGUGGAUGCUCUCCCAGCAGCUCCGGCUGAGGAAGAGGAAGUCUGAUGCAAGUGUAUGAAAGGCCACCGCAGACCAAAGUCCACCUGGGCAUUCAGUUCUUUUGCUCCAGCCUCCGCUCCACAUCUGUGACUGCAGCCGUCUCCAUCCAGCUGAGAGGGAAAUUAUGUGUGCAAGAGGAGUCAGGGCUCCCUUCCCGUCACGCCGCUCACAUCCCUAGGACUGCCGUGCCUGCCGUGUGCUCAGCCACAUGCUCGAGGAUGCUGCACCUGAAAGUCCAGUUUCUGGAUGACUCCCAGAAGAUCUUUGUAGUUGAUCAAAAAUCCUGCGGAAAAGGGCUGUUCAACCUCACCUGCAGCCACCUCAACCUUGCGGAGAAGGAGUACUUCGGGCUGGAAUUUCGCAGCCAGGCGGGGAACCACGUCUGGUUGGAACCACUAAAACCCAUAACAAAGCAGGUCAAAAAUCCUAAGGAGGUUCUUUUCAAAUUUAUGGUGAAAUUUUUCCCAGUGGACCCCGGCCAUCUGCGAGAAGAGCUGACCAGGUACCUCUUCACCCUCCAGAUCAAGAAGGACCUGGCGCUGGGGCGGCUGCCCUGCAGUGACAAGAGCGCGGCGCUGCUCGUCUCCCACCUGCUGCAGUCUGAGCUGGGUGACUUCCACGAGGAGACGGACCAGCAGCACCUGGCGACCCACAGGUACCUGCCCAACCAGGAGUACCUGGACAACAAGAUCAUGCACUACCACCGGAGACACAGCGGGAAGACGCCGGCUGAGUCGGACGUUCAGCUGCUGGAUGUGGCCAGGAAGCUGGAGAUGUAUGGGAUUCGCCCGCACCCCGCCAGCGACGGCGAGGGGACACAGAUCAACCUGGCUGUGACGCACAUGGGGGUGCUGGUCCUGCGGGGCAAUACAAAGAUCAACACGUUCAACUGGUCCAAAAUUCGCAAACUGAGUUUCAAGAGGAAGCAUUUUCUCAUCAAGCUCCAUGCCAACAUCUCUGCGCUGUGCAAGGACACGCUGGAGUUCACCAUGGCGAGCCGGGAUGCCUGCAAGGCUUUCUGGAAGACAUGUGUGGAGUACCAUGCCUUCUUCAGGCUGUCCGAAGAGCCCAAGUCAAAGCCCAAAGCCCUUCUGUGCAGCAAGGGCUCCAGUUUCCGCUACAGUGGGAGGACACAGAGGCAGAUGCUGGAGCAUGGGAGGAAGGCGAAGAUGAAGAGCCUGCCCUUUGAGAGGAAGCACUACACAUCCCGCUACGACGAGAGGCAGUGCCGCUCCUCUCCGGACCUCCUGACAGACGUCUCCAAGCAGGUGGAAGAGCUGCGCCUGGCCUACGGGGGCCGGGGCUCCUACCAUGCCAACGGGGUGCACGGCUCCGAGCCCAUGCUGGACAGCCAGCGCCGCAGCUCCGCCGUGGAGGUGACGUUUGCUGCCGAGCUGGAGCGCUCCAAGCCCGAAGAGACUCCUGCCUUCCUGCCCCACUCCAAAAGCUCAUCUGCCUUCCCCCUGCUCUACGCUGAGCUGGAGCUGGAGCGGGCAUGGGAGCCCGCCGACCUCUUCAGCGCCAGGAACCCCUUGACAUCCUUUCGGCCCCACCACCAGUUCGCCGGGAACAGUAAAAGCACCUCGGUGGGCAACAUGCGGGAGGUGAGCACCCGGCAGCUGGUGUACACGGACGUGCCGUGCCCCAUGCCCGUGGCCACCCCGGCCCCGCAGGUCCUCUUCUACCUGGACAGGCCCCCACAGACCCCCUGCCAUGCACCGCCGCCCAGCGAGGACGCAGCAGGACCAGUCGGUGGAUGCGUCCCUGUGGCAGCAAAACCUCCCCGGCAGCGCCGGAGUGGGACCCAGGUGGGGGAAUUUCAUCGCGAGGCUGCGUGCGUGGCAGCAGACACGAGCAUGGCCCCGGUGGGGGAGAGCCGGUCGCUGGCUCGCUCCUUCGAUUAUGGCCUGCAGGAGCAGCCUCCCAAGCGGUCUUGGAGCCAGUCAGACAUGAAAACCAUCCGCUUCCCAUAUGGCUCCGAGUUCAGGCCCCUGGGGCCGUGCCCCGUGCUGAGCAGCCGGAAAGCGGGUAUCUUUCGGCAUGUGCCGGCUCAGCAAGGGCUGGCGCCGGGGCUGCGGCAGUCCUUCGCCACCAGCACCGCUGAAGAGAGGACUUCCAGGGGGGCCUCCCGGUAUUUCACCUAGGUGCCUGACAAUGGCCGGAGGGAGCAGAGAUGGCUGGCACUGAUUAGGGGCUGCAGAAAGAUGACUCUUGCUUGCAGGACUGCCUACUGCUUGUGAAACAUUGAUGGGCUUGUGUUGCGGGAGUGCGCUUAGCUAUAGAGAAUGUUAACGGACAAGAGGGCAGCGUUCAGCAGUACCCAACCCCUGCACCACACGUGGACGCUGGAGUGUCUUUGCCACUGCAGGUGGGGUCCUGCUCCAGGCAGAGGGGCCAGGGCUCUCCUAAAGCCCUGCAAAGACCUUGCAUCCUCCCCAACAGGGCAGCUGCUGGCCAUGCUUGGAGCUCAGCCACCGGAGUCUUCAUUGGAGGGAGGGCGAAAAAGAGAAGAGACAUCUCAUGGAAGAGCUUAAACAGCUGUUUGUCACAGCUGUAGGGGAGCACUCUGGUGAAAAGGGUGUUUGUGGCCCAUUUGGAGAUGAGCAGGAUGGCCCGGAGAGGCUGCUCCAGGAGCUGCCGCCCCGUAGACACAGCAUGGAGCCCAUCUCCUCCCUCCUGCCUCUCCUCCCUCGCCUGCUGCAGGGAGCGCCGGGCCCUGGAGGACGGGGCUGCACGUGUGGGGUGCUCCUUGCAGUGCUUGGAGCCAUGGAGGAAGCAAACAGCUCGCUCUGCUCCCCAGCCCAUUUACAGCAUUAUCCUCCCCCAAGAAAUAUCCCAUUGGUGCUUGUAAAUCAUUUAGUAGCACCCAACAGCGAGCUCUGGGAAGUGGGUCAAUGAACGAUACCGUAUAGCUCUGCUCUUCGUACGUCUGUUAGCUGUCAUUUGCUGGCAGCAGCUCCACAGCCCCUGCUCAGUGGCCUGCUUAAAUCUGGGGGAGCGAGGCAUGUAAGGGGGUCCUUUGGUCCCCCAGAUCAGGCCUCAGUUAAGCAGCAUGUGGAAAAAGAUCUCAAGAGGGGGUAGGAAAGAAACAGGCAGCUGGUGCU